UAGAAGCCCAGAGCAAAGUCAUUGAGUUGCUCUGUCACACACAGCAGGGAAAGCAUAAAGAGAGAGAGAGAGUGCCAGGGGAGGUCUGACAACAUGAUGUAGACUACAUCUUCAUGGACGCUGUCUUGCUUUCUUCACAAUCUCGACUGCACAGCUGUAAUCUACAUGCAUGCUGUCCCAGCACAACCCACAUGUGAAGUUUCUCAAGACUUCAGUUCUUCCCCAGAAGACCAACUUGAUAUUAAAUCCUUUAAGACAGGAAGUGGUUGUAAGUGAGUGACAGGUUUUAUAAUGACCUCCAGACAUUGUCUUCCACAUCGGUCCAGUACGGACGCAAUCAUCAUGUGCCCAGGGGCAUCCGGGUAUCUCGGUUCACAUUGAUUCCACCUGACUUUGGUAAACAUCAAACGAACUUGACCUACAGCUUUGAUAUUCACGACCUUGCCCCCAGAUCCUGCCAUGUGGUGGGGUUGGUUUCUCUGCCACUGUCUGUCCCUGGCAGCGUUGCUGGUGGUAGCCGACUGUGGAGAGAGUGAGCAGAGAAGAGGAGCUGAAGAAGGAACAAGAAGCUCCACAACAAAGGCCAGUAGCAGUAGCAACAGUAGUCGGAAAUAUCACCGGAUUCAACAUGGACAGUGUAGCUACACUUUUAUCCUCCCAGAGAGUGAUGGGAGCGCUGGGACUUCUUGUCGAGAGUUUAAAGCGGGCACGGUGCAUAAUGCCAAUGCACUUCAACGAGACGCACCUCCACCUGAAGCGGACUUCUCCAACCAGAAGAUCCAACAGCUGGAGCAUGUCAUGGAGAACUAUACACAGUGGUUACAAAAGAUUGAGAACUACAUUAAAGAGAGCAUGACGACAGAGAUGGUGCAGUUACAACAGAAUGCUGUUCACAAUCACACAGCCGCAAUGUUGGAGAUGGGCACCAGUCUUCUCUCUCAGACCGCAGAGCAGACACGCAAGCUAACCGACGUCGAGACACAGGUUUUAAAUCAGACAUCAAGAUUGGAAAUUCAGCUGCUGGAGAAUUCACUAUCCACCAACAAGCUAGAGAAACAACUCAUGAUUCAGACCAAUGAAAUCAACAAGAUCCAUGACAAGAAUGGGUUUCUUGAGUUCAAAAUGCAGGAGAUGGAGGACAGGCACAGAGAGGAGUUGGAGGCCCUGCGGGAGGAGAAGAGCAGUCUUCAGACUCUGGUCAGCAGGCAGAGUGCAGUGAUUCGAGAGCUGGAGUCUCAGCUGAGUCGAGCGACCAGUAACAGCACUGCUCUGCAGAGACAACAGCAAGAACUGAUGGACAAUGUACGCAGCCUGCUUAGCCUCUGUGCCAAGGAUGAAGUUACAGCAUUGGUGCCAAACAGCACAAAACAAGCUGACGAGGAGAGGAAGUACCGGGACUGUGCAGACCUCUACCAAGCAGGGCUCCAGAAAAAUGGAGUUUACACCAUCAAUAUCAGCCCCCAAGAGACUAAAAAGGUGUACUGCAACAUGGAGUCUGCGGGGGGAGGCUGGACCGUGAUCCAGAAACGUGAAGAUGGCAGCGUGGACUUCCAGAGAUCAUGGAAAGAAUAUAAAAUGGGCUUUGGGAGUGUGUCGGCCGAACACUGGCUGGGAAACGAGUUUGUGCACAUUCUGACCAAUCAGAGGCAGUAUGCUCUCCGUGUGGAGCUGACAGACUGGGACAGACACCAAGCUUUUUCUCAGUAUGACUGUUUCCACAUCAACAGUGAAAAACAUAACUACAGGUUAUUCCUUAAGAGUCACAGUGGAACGGCAGGGAGGCAGAGUAGUCUGGCCAUCCACGGCGCUGACUUCAGCACAAAAGACAUGGACAAUGACAACUGCACGUGCAAGUGUGCACUGAUGCUCAGCGGGGGAUGGUGGUAUGAUGCCUGCGGCCCAUCCAACCUAAAUGGGAUAUACUACAGACAGGGACAACAUGUCGGAAAAUUCAAUGGAAUCAAGUGGCACUACUUCAAAGGCCCCAGCUACUCUCUCCGAACCACUGUCAUGAUGAUUCGACCAGUUGACUUCUCGUAGUCCUCCUUAAUAACCCAAAACACCAGUGGAUCUAUUUUGGAAAAAAGAUAAUUUAUCACAUUAUCAAGUGAUGCUGUAUAAGUGGUCAGCUAAUUGCCUCCUGGAUAUUGCUGCAUUAUUUUGUGAUAACUCUUCUCCAGGAAACCCAUGAAAAGGAGGCUGUCCUAUCAUCAAUGUCAGACUAUGGGAUAUGGUAUUCUCCCUGGGAAUGUAGGGCAGGAGCUGACUUGGCUGGUCUUUAUUUUUAAAUAUCAGAGGUAUGAAUUCAAGUGCCAUUCACUUGUCACUCAGGAUCUGUGAACUGUUGAGGCAGGCACAUGACCUUUGAUGGUAGCGGACUGUAUCGCCAAUCAAUUGCCUCCAAGUUAAGACAAUUGCCUCUGAGUCUCCAAAUUAAUAUAAAGCAGCUUGAAUGUCCUUCAAUAUCCUAAAGGGACCUAUUAAAUUUUCAUACAAACGUGUUGCACAAUUAUAUUUGGGUUGUGAUACCUUUUCACAUUUUUAUGCUUUUUUUUUAUUAUUAUUAUUUUGUACAUUAUUGCUGUCAACAUGAAGAAAACCAUAGCAUGCAGAAUUAAAAGGUCACUUGCAAUAUUAUUUACAAGAAAUAUUUAUAGAAUGUUAACUGCAGAAACGGCACUCCAGUCUUUAUUAUUGAACUUUCAUGAACUUAAAUUGUAUCAUAGCUUGGCAUCAAAAUGUGAAAGCAUGCCAAAGAUCACAGCUCUUAUCAAUACAAUGAAAAUAUUGAUACAUCUAAUAAAAAUAAUCCUUACAAAUUAGAGUUAAACCAGUGGCAAGAACAGUGAAAUGUAUAUUACAAGUACUGUAAUAACAAUCCACAAUGUUUUAGUUCAUUGGAUAAUUAAGACUGUGUGUCUUAUGUGAACUUUUCAUAUUAAGAUUUUUUUUUAAAUGUAAGUUUUGUAUAUUGUGGCUUACAAAACAGCUGUUUUAUAUGACUGACAAACUUGGAUUAUCUUGUGUUUCUAUAAGUCUACUGGUUCAAAGAAGUUUUUAGUAAUGGUGGAAAACGCUUUCAUAUAUGUGGUCAGGUAAGCAUCUGAACAUCUGUUUAAUGUUUUUCAUUUGGUUAACUUUACAAAUGUACAGUGUUGGUUUGUAAAAAAACAAAUUGACAAAAGUUUUUUUGUAAGUAAUUUGUACGAUUGUUAAGAAAUGUUAUUUUAAUCUUGCCUACCGCCAUGUUCACCGGAUAUAUUUUUAACAAAAUCUCAAGUACACACACACUCAUUAGAAUAGCAUCGAAAGUUCCACUCUGUUCUGUCUUUCAACACUAAAAGACUGGAAAUAUAUUCUAGUAGAUCAACACAGAAGGACUGUAUUUUAGCCUACCAUGACUGUCUACCAUCAUAUACUGUAACUGCUACAAGUAUGGAGCAUUUUACUGGAAAUAGGUACUUCUCUUGUAAAUCCAUAAACUCUUUAGAUUGUAAAAGCUUCAGAAUGGCAUGUUUACUAUCACAAAUCUGUAAAAACAAAAAAAUAAUUUUUAAAUGUUUUGUUCAAAUUUGCUUUCUAGAGGAAAGCAUUGCUUUGCUUUUUUCUUUGAUUUUUUUUUUUUUUUUUUUGGCUCAGAACAAUGGAUAUGUUAUGAAUAAAAAAAAUAUACUAUGGACUGCCUUCAAGACUUUUUUACCUUAUCAGUAUUGUUCAUUUGCCAUGUUAUUGAAACACCUCACACUUUGUAACAAUGUUCUGAAUCUCAUGAUGUUAGUUUGAAUAAAAACUCUGA